AGUUAAAUUAUUAAUUACCAAUGCAAUUCUUGCCUAAAGUCCCACUUCCUGGGUUCUGCCGGUUGCCCGCGGCGGCGCCUCGUUAAAUUUCAAGGUCGUGAAUUAAGAUCAAUUUUAGGACAAUUUGGUCCAUUGGAGCUUUCCUACUCCACAUAAAAAUUCGGUAUCUAAUUUGACGAUUCCUCAAAUUUGGCUCUGGAAAUUUUUGUAAGCUCCACCUGGUGACAGUUCAGACUUGACCUAGUAAACUGUAAACCUAGUGGCAGGGUGAGCAUAGUUUGGUAAAAAAUAUCAUUUUCCGGCGGUUCCUCUCCUUCGACCAACGGGCGUUGAUUUUGGCCGCCUUUAUUCCGUCAUUUGAGAUCUAACUCAGCUCCGUCAAAGAUCUCUUGCUUCCAAACCGGCCUUUGCAAAGUCGACAAAGCAGAGUAUUGGAGCAUAGAAGUGGAAAUCUAGUAACUUCCAACGGCUCAGCAUGCCGAAAGAUAGAAGGGUGAAUUCCUCAUCCUUCAACGGGGCAAGGGCAUCUCCUUAUGCUUGUAGCUCAAAAAAUACGGAGCAAGAGUUAAAGAGUUCCUUGCCACCAGUAGGGAAUGAAAGAGAAUGGGAAGAAGCUAGGUGCCCUAUUUGUAUGGAGCAUCCGCAUAAUUGUGUCCUUCUACUUUGUUCAUCACGGGAUAAGGGUUGUCUGCCUUACAUGUGCGACACAAGUUACCGUCAUUCAAACUGUCUUGAUCAAUUUUGUAAAUUAUCAUCUGGAACACUAUCAGAAGCUCAACAAGAGGGAAGUACUAUAUCAGGGACAAUGUUCCACAGGGGAAGUCGGGGACAACCUUUGUCGAGAACAACCUGGUCUACUGGGGGACAGCAACCAGAGCUUGUCUGCCCACUUUGCCGGGGACAGAUUAAAGGAUGGAUUGUUGUAGAGGCUGCUCGUAAAUUCAUGAACUCCAAACAGAGGAGCUGUUCCUUGGAGACGUGCAAUUUCAAUGGCAAUUAUGGUGAACUAAGAAAGCAUGCCAGGCUUGAGCAUCCCUCUGACAGGCCAGCCGAGGCUGACCCUCAACGACAAUAUGAUUGGAGAAGGUUGGAGCUUCAAAGAGACUUUGGGGAUACUCUCAGUGCAUAUCAGACCCCAUUUGGCGAUGACUUUGCUGGAGAUGACCUCCUAACUGAGCUGCCUCUUGAUGGUGGUUUAUUUGAUCUCCUAGAUGGGUACUCCGAAGCCGAGGAUGGAUUGAGUGAAGAUGGCAACUUGCUACUGGAUCUUGAAUUUGAGCUCCCCUUUUCUUUCCUGAAUGACUUUCCAUUUUUGCCUUUGACAGUGGAUGAGUUUUCUGAGUUUGAUGGUGGGAGGAGUCCUACUCGAUCACGGACUAGUGCUAGAUCCGAAAACAGGAGAGAUUGGAGGUCAACUUCGUCAGAUAAUCACGAGGAAAGACCAGCAACUACAAGAGACACAAAUAGGUCAUCAAGGCGCAUGCCUAGCUCCUUCUUCUUCAGGCAUUAAACUGAUGAAUCAAUGCUUGGUUCUAAUUGUAGUGUGUAGCUUUGUGUCUCAGGUUGAAGUUCUUUGGUUUUCUAGUUUAUCUUCAUUCAGAAUGAAGGAACUUCCACUCAGUUCCUGUUAUUUGUAUUUUCAACUGAACAGUGCCCAUUCAUUUUCUUCAUUUCUUUUCCUUCUGACAUUGAUGCUUUAAGAACACGAAUAGUCUACCCACGAAAUUAUUAUUAGUUCUGUU